GGGGGGGAAACACCAGGAAAAAGAACUGGGGAGAAGAGAAGUGGGUAAUGUCAUUGACAAGGAAAGGCUUUGGUGGGGUCUGGCAUCUAGGAAGCAGGCUAAGUUGGAGGGAAGUGAAGUCGGGCAGCAGAAACCAGGUUUGAAGCUCAGGGGGUGAAUGUUGGGAGAUGAAGAUCAAAGAUUUAUUUCGUGUUUUGUUCUUAAGUAUGUGGGUUAGAUGAAGGGUUGGUAGCUAGAGAAUUUGCUAGAGGACUGUGUGAUGGCUCAGUAACUAGCAAGUGGGUUUGCUGGUGCAGAAGUGUAGCUACUGUAUGCCUCAGCAUAGGAAUAGGUGGGUAGAGCAAAGAGAACAGGUAGCUGCUGAGCUUCUUGAGGUUUUCUUUGCAGAAACUAGAGUUAGUGCAGAUCAAAAGCAACAACAGUACACUGAUACGUGGAAGCUGCGAGAUCAGCGUCAGCUGUCCAUCUCUGCAGUCACCAAAGGACCACACGUAUCCCUGGAUACUUCUCACAUCUAAAAUGUUUUUUUACUGAAGGACUUCUGUCUUCAUAGAGGACAUAAUUAUAGAUAGAGGAGAAGUGAACGCAUUCGCUUUUUUUCUCCCUGAAGCUCAACUUUGCCUUCAUGAUGUCUGUUUUGGCUGUUGUGGCUUCUGAGGCUUUUUUAAAUGAGUGUUUGUUUCUUAGACAGAGUGCUUGGGAGUGGUGUGGAAUGUCUGAGGCUGCAGAAAACAAUAUUUUAGUGAAAGGGAACGAGAAAGUAAAUUUUCUCUGAGGAGAUAAGUUUCUGAAUGAUUGUUUGCAUCUGCAUUCAGAAGAAAGGAAAUGAAUGCUGCUCAUGGAAGCCGUGAGAUGGUCAUGAGAAAAGGAAGCCAUUAUUAAUUAAUCAUCAAUUUUUAUUUGAAUAUUUAUGUAGCGCUGUGUGGCUGGUGCCCCACAGGGAAAGAGGAUCAUCUCCCUGCUUGAGGAGCCUACAUUCUAAAUUUAACAGCGGCAAGGACUUCUCACGGCAGAUGAUGUGUUCUCAUCAUUCCCUGCUCUGCCUCAGCUUUUCAGCUGAAUACCAAUUUAAUUCCCUGUCCCGUAGUUCUUCUUUUGCCCACCGAUGGAGGGGAGCCUGCGCUGCACAGGAGUGGUGAGAUCAGAGUCUAUGAGGGCACAAUCAAUGCAGUAAACAGACAGGCAGGAUUAGAGGUCUGAUCUCAGAGCUGUAUCUUGCAAUCCUUUACCCAGAACUGUAGUAAAGUAAACAAAACUGUUCCAAGAAUAAAGAGCGUGGGAUUUGAUGCCAAUUUGGAAAGACCUACACUUCCUGUGCCCUCUGACUGCAAUGCACAUAAGGCCUUUUUUUUUUUUUUUUUCCCCUCCCCAAAAAUCCUAAUGGUGCACACUUAAUUAAUUAAUUGAGACACACUUAAUGGCGAGGCUUCGUGGUAGCAAUACUGGAAUGUUUUUGGUGUGGAUGUUUGCCUUGGCCUCACCUCUUGCUGGAGCCGUGUUCCUAUUUCUAUGUUCUGAGGCAAUUGUUUUUAGAUAUGCUGUGUCUAUACCUGGUGCUACGCUCAGCUGGCAGCAGUCAGCAGGGAAGUGAACUCCCAACAGAUGUAUUCAGAUAAAAACUGUAUAUUUAGUUGCUAGUAAUUAGCUGAUAUAUCACAAGGUUAUGUAGCGUGCGUAGUUCUGCAAAGCAUCACACUAAACUCUUCAAUUCAAAGAAUACGUGUGUGUGACACCCCCCUUGAAGUGGAGUUCAUUUGAAAGGGCAACUGAAAAUAAAUAUGUUGUACCAAAAGAUACCAACAUUAACGUAAAGCACCUAUCAUUGUCAAAGCAUCGUGUAGUGGUUAGAACAGAACAUGAGAGUCGAUCAGUUGAGGGUCUAUUUUUGGCUCCAGCAUCUUCACUGAAGUCAAGUUAAUUGGAACGCAGUACAGAAAUCUCCCCAUGUAUAGGACUUUUUAUCCACUUUUGGAACUCUCUUUGACUUUCUAGAGCAAUCUUUUUUAGAUCAUGAAGGAAAGUUGCAGGGUUUUUUUAUUAAUUUCUGCAAGAUUUUUGAGUAAGCAUCCGAGAUAGCAUCAGGCAUAGGACUUCUGUGCUGGGAGAGGGAAAUCGGGGAAAUCUGUAGCUAUUGCCAGGUGCCUGUCUUGAUCAGAAAUCAGUUGCUUCACUGAAAUUUUGUGUAGAUAUUUUUCACUGUCUGGCAAUCUAUUUAAAUAGAAGAAAUGGUGUAUAACGUUCUUACAGAAGUUUCUGUGCAGGGGAUCCCCUUUCUGCAAUGCAGAAGCCCAAGACAAAAAGGCAAGUUUUCACUUAGUAGGAUAUUUUCCUUUCUUGAAGUAAAAACUAAUUUUCGGAACAUCUUUUAGAUUUUAAAAUGGAUUAUUUUUAAAAAUAAAGUACAACACAAAGCCCUGACAACCUGUUGUCUCCAGGGACACACCUGUGCAGUGCUGUCUAAACGUGGCUGGUGGACUCGGGAGGAGCUGUCUCAAAGCAAUAUAUUCACUGUGGACUGUGAGUGUGUGCUGGCUUGGUGACAUUGCUUAUAGGACCUGUAGCAGGUCUGUGCAGGGACGGUGUGGCUGUCCCUACACCAUACUGUGUAGCGAGUAGCAAAUAUAUCCUUGGAGAUCAGCACACAUACACGAGAGGAGCAUGAUUUCCCUUUGUCUCAGCUGGCUUCCAGUCUAGGUGACUGUUCAUGUGCACUUGUUCACCAAGUGCAGAAGCCUGUCAAUGGUUGAAAAGAGGCAAUGUAGACGUAAAUGGAAUGACCUCUGCCAAGAAAUUAUUUGGCAGUGGUUUGGCAGAGGUGCUGUCUCUGCAUGGAGCUCUGCAUGUCCCUUUUGGGGAUCAGGGCCCCCUAGAAGUGACACCUAAACCAGUAAUUGCUUUGCAUAGUCCUGAAAUAACUCACAAGAGAAACUGUACAACAGAAUGUGUGUCUGUCUUGUGGCCUGUCAAAGUCAGAAAUUAGAAGUAUUCUAAUCAUAUUCUAAUUCUAUCAGAGCAGAGGGAGAUAGCAGCGCAGCUGUCUGUGUUACCAUCUCCCACCCACCACGGAGCAGUGCCAGGCAGGAGUGUGCUGGGCACAGGGCUGGAAGUAGUCACAGGCAGUUUGGCUGUACCAGUUUGUAGUGAUUGGCGGCCGAGUAUACCCAGGAUCACACUGCUGUAUGUGCAGGAUGUUGCAUUGGGUAGCUGAUACUGCUAAUAUGCAUGCAGUGGUUUCUGAGCCAACGUAUGGGCAGCUGUAGACCCCAACAGCAAUUUUGAGGGGCUGUCCUUCUCUGUUUCCCACUGUUAUCCUUGUUGUGGGUAGAUAAAAAGCUGCCCCUCAGCCAUUCUGAGCAACUGCUGCAACAUCCAGAUAUCUGUAAAGGCCUCCGUUCUUCUAGAAGUGAAAUGAUGACUGGAGAGGACAUGAGGAGCGAGCGGGUUUGAGGAGAGCAGAGCCAUCCCUUCCCCCUCCUGCUGAUGCUGGACUCCCAGCCAGUGCGGGGAUGUGCUGAAACAAGCUGGCCAGGGCAGAGGUGCAAUGGGACAGGAACGGGCUUCAGUCCAGACCCUGGGGAGAUGAAUACCCUGCUACAGCUGCCCUCCCUGCUGGCUGGCGUGUGGUGUCAAAGAAUCUUUGAGAUGACACUUUUGAAAGUACCUGAAGGCUUUGUCAAUACUAGCUUCACUGAAAGUCAAUUAAAAGUCAGUGGACUUGGGCUCUUAAAUCUUUCCAGUGCUUUUCUUACAAGUUACCAUCAGUAUUUGAAAUCUAAUCUAUUGGCUGUGCCUCCAUUGCACCAUCCAUCUAAGGAUCUCUAAUCAAAGCUGUAAAUAUCUGUAAGUCUGUAAUACCUUAUGAAUUCCGUAUUUUGGGAUGUUUCCUGGAUGAGUAUAUUGAUCUAGGUUAAUGGGUAAGAUAACCAAGCCAGUAAUAAAAGCUCAGGGUAAAUCGCUUUUCCGUGAUGAUGGCUGUGGGAGAUGACUGGCAGUGCCAGGACAGAGGCUCCUGCACACCGAAGGUCAGCAAGUCAGCUUGGGUGGCUCAUGUAGGAAAAGUCCUUCCCCACUGUGGCAUGGGAGUGUCUGACUGGAGAAGUGCUUAGGAGUGAUCAAGAUCCCCUUGGGAGGUUGUGAAUUAGUUGGCUGUAGCCACGGUGCUGCCGAGUGAUACAAGAUACGCAUGCCCAUUCAUCUCUAUCCAGCUGUGCAGUAGUGCGUUGGUUCUAAGAGCGCUGUUUCCAUCACUGUCACAGGUCUGUGACAGGAGUCCAGCGGUUUGGUAGAUGAGCAAGGUUCAUGUCUGUGGUGCUGUUCCUCAGGGCUGCCUCUUGCAGUGAGACCAGCAGUACGGCUGCACCCCAGGAUGAAUAGCAGCGUGGUGCCUCACACCUGGGAGAAGGGGAUCAAAACAAUAGAGGUAUAGCUAGCUGCAGCAUGCUUCGCCUAUAAUCCUGUACACGUACAGGGAAAUGUCUGUAGGUUAUCCCAUCCAGCAGCUGAUACGAUCUAUACUAUUUUGCCUGAAGCCAUUCUGGAGACUACAGAGAAAGUAUUAGUGAUCUGCAGGAGAAGCCAGGCUGCCUGAUGUGGAUAUAACAUUAGAUUUAGCCAUAAGACCAGGAGCAGCAGCAUUUGUUAAUCAGAGUCUGUUUUUUUCUGGUCAAUCUCCUUGGGAUAUUAACUUGCAUUGUUCUAACUCAAGCUCUUCUCCAGGUGGCUUAUAAAGCAAGAGAGCUUUUUUUGCCCUGUUAAUUUCCUGAAGCACAAAGUAUUGCUUUCUUGUUUUAAAUAAAGCUCCUGCUCUAUUUUGGAAUAACAUAAUGAGUGAAAAAUGACUUUAUCCAUCCUGGUGGCAGGACAGGAGUUUGCUACGCUGCCAGCUGGAGAACCUGGAUCAGAAACAAAUUUGGGUUCCCAGGCUCUGUGCCAGACGAGCUGAGACAUAUUUUUGAGGUGAUGUACUUGGACUCUGGGAGGAGGUUGUUGACUGUACUGAGCUGCUUUCAGAAACAUCCUGCCAGCUGAUCCACAAAACACUACUGCUCCUUGCCUCAAAAUGGAGAACUCUGCUGGCCAGCACUGCCUGUGGCUGUUUGAAAGUGCUCCAAAGGAGCUGGAUGCACAGGUGAAGAAUUCAGAGUACUCUAGGCAGAAAUUAAGGAAUUCCUGCAUAUCUGUUCAUCCUUAUUUAUCACUUAGUGUUGUAUUGAUCCAAACACAAGUCAUCACGUAUAACAAUGACUGCAGCUUGUGGAAGGGCACUUGCCCUUUUGAUAUGGAGCCAGAGCUGAAAUCUGCGUAUAAGAUGUCCCGAGGACAUCCCUUCUCACUGUUACCCAACUAGACUUGACCUAACUCCAUGCCAUUCUGAAACUAUGGUCAUUCUGUCCCUUCCUCAGAGCCUAUUCCUAUCUCUCUGACCAUUUCCACCCUGGCCAUGCAGGUGUCAGGUGUAAGGCUGCCACUUGACUGGAGCGCCCCACUCAGAAACUGAAGCUGUGGGUUUUUUAAAGGACGGAGCCCACACAGGGCCUGAACCCUUACAGCCUGAGUCUGGGUGAGACAGCGUCUUCCAGCUGCUGUUCUCUCUAUGGAUAAAGAUAUUUUCAGCUGGAAUGAUCUGCUUCCACAUUUCGUAUGGACGUAUUAAGUGCUUGGAAAUGUUCCAGGUACUUGAAGUGAGACUAUAAAGCAAGGAGUGACUACAAGGGAAAGCAUGCUGUUUGAACUGUUACGCAGAAAAAGAACACCCUCUUCUCUUAUCUGAGCAGGUGCAAUAUUGUUAAUUACGGCUGUGUGUUCAGGUGACCAUUAAUGGGUAUGUUUAUGUGUUAUCUUUAAUUGUCUAUUUGUAACUUCAAUUACUUCAAAAAAUGAAAUGUAGAAAUAGGUGUAUUAGUAGCAGUCUGAGCAGUGAGAAGCAUCUAUAAACUUGAGGAGUCUACAUAAACAUGAGUCAUGCCACAUAGAUACACAAUAAUUCCUUACUAUUCACAUAUCACAAGGAACAGGGGGCUUCAACUUAAGCUGUCAGGUGUUGGAUUUAAAGCAAAGGAAGAAUUUUUUCCACAGUUGAUAGCUAAAACAUGGAACUCCUUGCUGCAGCUGUUGUUGAUACUGAGGCUUGCAUGAUAUUAUAUGACCCUUUUCAGGUAAAUUGAUAGGAAAAAAAGAUGUGUUUGUAACAUAAUGCAGCAUCUGGUCACAUCUUUAGCUGGAGAAGCUUUCAAGCAGCAGGUUAAUGCUGGCAUAAAUCCAGGAGUUUAAUGAAGUAGUGCGUAGGAAAGCCAUGGUGCACUGGGAUACCUAAAGGAAGCUUCAGCUCACCUCCCUGAGGGCUCUGCAGGCACCACUAUUGCCAUUUCUGCUCAAUAAAGUAAGACAGGCAUCACUUUCCACCUGGACACCUUCACGGUUUUACCGUCUGACCUCUGAAAGAAGAAACCCUGCUCAAGUGGAAGCUGUUAACUUCAGGAAGAUCCCCUUUGGGUACUUGGCAGCUAAAAUCCCAGUCUUGAGGAGACCUGAGCAGCUACUUGCUAUGGCGUUCAUGUGCACACACAGCUCUCUUACAUAGGUGCCUGCCCACCCACAGCCAUCAGCUGCUUGACAGCUGCUGGAGUGUUCACAGGGGCAGUUCUGUAAGCCUGUAGGGGUUCCUAGAUGCUAAGUCAGACUUUGCUGUGUGUUGGGAAAGCCGUCGACAAAGCUGUGUAGAAGUACACAGUCCUUCUCCAAGUACAGUGGUGUGAACCAAAGUGGGCAAAUUUCUCUCAUUGUCCUUUUGUUCUCCUGUUGUCAUUUGCAUUUGGCUGAUGAGCAUUUUGAUGCAGGGACAGUUGCUCUUCCUUAGCUUGCUUAGUACCUUAAAACCACUACGGGCUUUUGGCGCAUAGCUAGGGCUCGUGUGCCAAAACUGCUUUCCCAGAGCAGAUCGUGUGACCUCUCCACAUUGGAUUUGUGAGGAGUCUGCAGCCAGUGUAUCUUUAAGCCUCACUGCAGGUUGACGACUGCCUCCAGCUCCCUAAAGCUGUGUGUGAGAAUCCACACUCAGUCGUGUCUAUAUACAAGGAACAUUCAAGUCCCAGUGCUGUGGCAGAAAAGACACAGCUCUGUUACUGACGGCAAUGCUUUUUCCACAUCAUUUGUUUUGUGCUCUCCACUAUUGCAGUAGUCAUGAUAGUAACCAGAAAUAAAUGGAAGCACGUCUAUAAUACAUGUAUUCUCCAUCCUAAUCUGGACAGUGCUUUUGGCCUUUCUCACUCUUUAAAGUUGUGCUCUCUUACUGAUUAUCCUAGAGCUUGUGGAGUGUCUAACUGUUAACUAUCUUUGGAAUGGGACCUGCGUGUGGUAAUGGAUGAGUAGAGGCCGGGGUGAUAUGCAAGGAGAUGAGCGUUAUGCAAUUCAAAGGGGCCGUAGCUUUUGUUUUGAGUUUAAUUUAUGAGGUUUUUGCUUUGUGAGCAUCUGAACUUAGUGACUUCUGAUAAAGGUGUAUGCUUUGUUUUAACAACACAACCAAAGCACAGAGGAGCCCAGCCUUCCUGCCAGAUAAGCACACAGUAGGGUCUUGAGAACCAUGAGAUUGUGUGCUUUGCAGAGCCGAGGAGUUGCAGGAGCAGUUUUCCAGCAAAGAUAACAGCUGUACGUGUCUUUGUGCUGUGUCUUUGCCCACAGGAUGCAGUGUGAUCCAUUUGCCUUCACCUCAGCCACAUCAGCUGGCCCCAAGGUGGUGGUGUGGGUUACCCAGCUGGCUGGUGCCAGCUGUCUGACUUACCCAUGGCAUGGCAGGCUUUUGUGAAUUUGCUGAAGGUGGUGUCUCAAGGCUCCCUAGUGACUCCUCAGGCCAAAGCCAGACAUGGCACACUUAACCAAAUGAGUGGCAUUGACCACUGAAGGGACACUCCCAACCAGAUGAGUGGCACUGGACAGCCAAGAAAUUAAUCUUUAGUCUAAACUCAGCUUUGGCUUUGUUCCACGUAGUUAAAAGUUGUGCUGUCAGUUUGUUUGCUGUUCAUCCCCUGUGUUUGGUAUUCCUCUGAUUUUGGAGCCAACCGUGGGUUGUUUUUAUUUGGAUCAGAUCGUGUCUUGGGGCAAAACUGACAUCAUUGCCGGGCAUCAUUAGGGAAAUGAGGAGCAGGGUGUGGGGGUGCGGGUGCAGGAAGUGCCUCUGUUUCCCACCACUGAACUGGGAGGUGAACUCCGCUCACCAGACUGGUUCGUGGGGUCCGGCAUGUGACAGGAUUUCAAAGCAGCCCUUUGCCAACACCCUUCAGCUAUGAGAGGCUCAGGAAUCUUGUCAGGUGGAGAGCCGCUGAUAAGUUAAGACUUGCAUGCUAUGCGGAGUAGACAUUGCUCUCUUAGUGUUUGUUGGAGGAUUUGGGUUGGUUUUUUUUUUUUUUUAAUCAUUGUUUUAAAGAGUAGUACUGAUGGAGCCUUGGAGAUCCAGCAUGUCUCUGGUAAAUUCAGAAUCGUGGAGGGAAAUACACGAAGACUGAUCAUACCGUUCUCGGAGCCUCUGCCUCAAUGGGUCCAGUCAUGCCGCCCAGCAAGAAGCCGGAGGGCUCAGGAAUCAGUGUUCCCAGCGGGCUGAGCCAGCGUUACCAAGAUAGCGAUUUGUCAAAGGCACUUCACGAUGACGAGGACCUAGAUUUCUCUUUGCCUGCCAUCAGAUUAGAUAAAGGGGCCAUGGAAGAUGAAGAACUAACUAACUUGAACUGGUUACACGAGAGCAAGAACUUGCUGAAGAGCUUUGGGGACUCGGUGUUACGAAGCGUCAGCCCCGUUCAGGACAUUGGUGACGACACGCCUCCGUCCCCCGCCCACUCGGACAUGCCCUACGAUGCCAAGCAGAACCCCAACUGCAAACCUCCUUACUCCUUUAGCUGCCUCAUAUUUAUGGCCAUCGAGGACUCGCCAACCAAAAGACUGCCCGUAAAGGAUAUAUACAACUGGAUUUUAGAACACUUUCCGUAUUUUGCAAACGCUCCCACUGGAUGGAAAAAUUCUGUGAGGCACAAUCUGUCCUUGAAUAAGUGUUUUAAGAAAGUGGACAAAGACAGAAGUCAGAGUAUUGGAAAGGGGUCCUUGUGGUGUAUAGACCCAGAAUAUAGACAAAAUCUUAUUCAGGCUUUGAAAAAGACACCCUAUCACCCAUACUCGCAUGUGUUCAAUACACCUCCCACAUCUCCUCAGGCAUAUCAAAGCACAUCAGGUCCACCCAUUUGGCCAGGAAGCACCUUUUUCAAGAGAAAUGGAGCUCUUCUGCAAGAUCCUGACAUUGAUGCUGCCACUGCCAUGAUGCUUUUGAAUACUCCCCCUGAGAUACAAGCAGGUUUUCCUCCAGGAGUGAUACAGAAUGGAGCUCGAGUUCUGAGUAGAGGAAUAUUUCCUGGAGCCAGGCCACUGCCCAUCAGCCCUAUAGGAAGCAUGGCUGUUGCAGUAAGAACUGGUUGGAAAUCUUUCAAAAUGAAUGGGAUAACAAACUGCCGGAUGCGGACAGAAAGCGAACAGUCAUGUGGCUCUCCAGUUGUUAGCGGCGACCCGAAGGAGGAUCACAACUACAGCAGUGCCAAAUCUUCCAACCACAGGAGCACAUCACCUGCUAGUGACUCCGUUUCCUCUUCCUCUGCUGAUGACCAGUAUGAAUUUGCAACUAAAGGUAGCCAAGACAGCAGUGAAGGAAGUGAAGUUAGCUUCCAGAGCCACGAGAGCCAUAGUGAAACAGAAGAGGAGGACAAGAAGCAAAAUCGGAAGGAGACCAAGGAUUCUUUAGCUGACAGUGGGUAUGCAUCCCAGCACAAGAAAAGGCAACAUUUAAUGAAGGCGAAAAAAGUACCAAGUGACACACUGCCUCUUAAAAAGAGACGUACGGAAAAGCCCCCUGAGAGUGACGAUGAGGAGAUGAAAGAAGCAGCGGGAUCUCUCCUGCAUUUAGCGGGAAUUCGAUCCUGUUUGAAUAACAUCACCAAUCGGACGGCAAAGGGGCAGAAAGAGCAAAAGGAAACCACAAAAAAUUAGAACAAAUCAAUGAUUUGUUUGAACUUACAAAGUUUUGUUUCAGCACGUCAGGUGAAUUCUAAUGAUUUGUGGCAAUAUCAGCAAUUUUUCCUUUUUUGUUUUUCUUUCUAUUUGGUUUUAUUUCUUUUUUUUUCUUUUCUUUUUUUUUUUUUUUUUUGGACCCUUAAGAUUUUUAUUUUUAAAGGAGAUUGAAGCCAUAGAACUCAUACUGACACUCAGCUAAUUUACAAAAGCUUUUCAUUACCCGAAGACAAAAAGUUAACAACAAAAAAAAGCCAAAAUCGCCAUUGCUUUCUCCGGCUUGUCAAAAAAUGCAUGGUUGAAUACGCAGUGACAUCAACAUUGUUGUGAUGGGAUAAGAUUGGGCACUUGGAAAUCUCUCUUACACUAGAAGAGAUUGCAUAAUUUAGUAGUCAUUCAGGCCUAGCCCUUAAGAAUUUUUUUAACGGCCUUACAAUUGGGAUGUGAGUGAAUGUGAAUAAAGAGAUUUGGGGGGAAGAGAAGGCGUGUUCUUCUCCCACCAAACCACAGACCAUCUAGUGGCACUUGGAUUCACCGUGCCAUAGAAGUCUUUGAACAGCCACUGGUGGCAACUGCGCAUACUGUAAUGCACUUCUAGUGCUUCGUGUACUGUAUGUGGCUAAUAGCAGGAAGACUGGUAACUUUUAAGUUUUGGGAAGUUUGAACUGUGUAUGCAAUGAGUUUCAGUGAAAUAAUGAAAAGAAAUGGGGGGGGGGGCGGGGGUGGAGGGGUGGCACUGUUAAUAGCAUUGGUAAUCAUUGAAUUAUGUCUUCUAUAUUAAAUUAACUGAAUGUUCAAAAAGCCAUAAGCCCGAAGAUUGGCACUGCGUGCAAAAAAUAAUAGUAUAGGGAAAAACAAGCUAUGUCUUCUAAACUGCCUGAGUGAAAAGCAAUCAAGUCUAAGAAAUUACAGUAGAUAUUAAGGAAGAAAGUAAAUCAGAAUCCUUUUCUGUGGAUCAAAUAUUUGAUCUAACUGAGGGAAAAAAAGCUACAAAACCUGCCAUUAGUAUUAUUCUGUAAUUAAAAAAAAAAGCAACAGGAAAGCAUAUUGAUGAACAGUGAAAUUAAGUUCAACAGAACAGCUCCUACACUGCCCUCAGAAGUGAGCGGUGCAGUUAAUGUCAAUCAGGAUUCAUCUGUGCAAAAACGACAACAGAUUUCCAGAUUCAACCAGCGUAGCCAGCAGGAAAACAAAAUGAUCCACACUGCAUGGAUUCCUUUUGGAAGGGGGGGAAUACAAAAAGCAAACAAUUUUUUUUAUUGAAAGAUGACAAAGUUCUUGUAAGGUAAAUAAUGUAUUUAGCAUGAAGCAUGAAUUAUUUUCAUAUAAAUAUAGAAAAUAGAGAAAAAGGCAAUGCCUCUAAUUUUUAAGCCCUUAGGCUUAGAGUUUGGUUGGUUAAUUUUAUUUUUUGUUUUUUGUUUUGUUUUGGUUCUUUUUCGUUGUUGGGUUGUUUCUUUGUGGAUUUUGUUUUUGUUUUUUUUUUUUUUUUUUUUUUUGAAGCAGGUGUUUAAGGUUUAACCUUCUUCAGGGACAAACACUGACUGUUGGGAAACUUACUCUGCAAUAUUAAAAAAUAAAAUCUUCAUGCUCUGGUAGGGCUUGGAUGGUUGAAUUAUACUGCCUUGUCUGCACAUUCAGCCCCCUCUCCCUACUUCUCUUUAAAAAAAAAAAGAAAAAAAAAAGAAAAAAAAAGAAAAAAAAAAGUAAAAGUGUGUCCUUUCUUCGUCUGUACAUGUGUAACAUGACGCAAUAAUCUGAGGGCAAGUUUAGUAGUGAGUGUGUAUGACAGAAUCAAGAGAAUAAUGGGAGAUUAAUUGAGGAAAACUCUCUGAUUUGAUUCAGGAAUAAGUAGACAAGAAAAUAGCUUUGCUAAUUUGCCAUGAGAAAAUGAAGUUAUUAAGAGCCUUAUUGAGGUGUCCCGAGAAAAAGCAGUGCAACAGAGGGUGUGAUUCAGGUAUAGUGCUUCUCUCCUGGCACGGUGAUUGUUAGAUUGGAGAUCCGUACAGCCGAGGGAAGCCGUGAAAUAGAUAAUAUGGUCUCUCUCACCUGGAUUCGUCAGUUUGGCAUGAAAAAGUUCCGUACUAAAAUAUCCUAGAGACAAGGAGAAAAUCCCAGGGACUGAAAAACCCUGCCACUUAGCAGAAUGAAAUGGUUUCUGAUAAAGAAUACAGAUUUAUAUCCCCAAAACUGUUCCAGUCAGCAGCACCACUAAGGUGGAUCUAGUUCCUGAAGAGAGUGAGUUAGAGAAGGAUGUGACUUCGCACUCAGUGGAGUGAAAGGAGAGUUGCAUUUGGUGUAUAUGCAGUUGGGAAGUGGAAAGACCGACUGGUAGGCUGGGCUGGACCUGGCAGGCCAUCUCGUGCUCCACAAACGUUUUGUAAUACAAAGAACGGGACCGUGCUGGGGGCAGUGCACCAAAAUUGUGCCUCUCCUCCCAUCUCACUCAGUGUGCCCCGGGAUCCAGGACCUGCCUUGUCAAGGGUUGUCUGACAGCUGCUGGAGCCCAGCACAACCGCCAGCUAUGCAGAUAAGGAAGGAGAGAGCCAAGGAUGGUGCAAGGAGCAGCUCUGUGCUCUCCUGUUUGCUGGUCCUGGGGCUGAGGCAUGCAGGGUUGAUGGCCAGCGUAUUACAGUUGGAGUACACAGGUAUGAAACCUGUUGGCUGCCAACAGCCUUUGAGAUAAAGCUGGGGAAAACAAAGUUUUCUGAUGGCCAUGGAGCACAGAGAUGGAUGAGCCAUAUCUUUCCGUGUUGAUAGAGCCCUCUCAGUGUGAUCGGACUGGGACAGUCCCAAGCCGCUCAGUCUGCAGGCAGAGUGCACAGGCAUUGAACCACACAGUCCUGCACAGGAGAAUUUGGCCUUUCAUUGUUUUAUGAACUUCGAGGGCAGUCAUUUGAAAUACAAAGCAGUACAGUACCAGCUUGCCACCACUUCUGCUCAUUAAUGCAUAAGUUGUUCCACAGAGGAGGUCUUUUAAUAUAUAUCAGAAAGCAACAUUUAAAAGUCAAAUUCAUGGCAGAAAAUGCACUGAAAAUGAGGCUCUGCCAUUUCUUUCCUCCAGAGAAAGCAAAGUGGUUGUCUGCUGGUGGCCAGAUCCUGCCCAGUCACAACACUUAAUUCCAAAGCAUUUUUACUGACUGCAGUACAUCAGUGCAAACAAGAUGAGUGUCUGCUGCACAGCAAGUACCAUUCAUUAAUGUGGACUCUUGGUGGCUAAAUAUAUAAUUACCACUAGUAUUACCUUAGAAAUUGGUCAUUUUGCGUGAAUAUCUAAUUAAGCAGGUUAUCUGUAUAAGUAUACACAUAUAUAAUCUAUCUAAGACUUCAACACCUUUUUAUACUUGAUGGUAAACGUAAACUGUUGGCAGGUGUCUGUUUUCACGUGAAAUGUGUUCUUCCUCAUUUGAUCUGAGGAGUUCACGGUUUGGCUGAGUGCUGAUGUCAUCAACAGAUGAUUUCUGGAGUCUCAAACGAACUUGUCUUUUAUCAAUGCUUCCUCUAACUAUUGACGAGCAUAUAAUUUGAACCCGUAUAAAAUAUUUAUGAGUCGCCUUUUAAACCAUUUUUGUGGCUAGCUAAAAAUGGCAGCUUUGUCAGAAUUGGUAAUACUCCAUCAGAAAAGUUCAGUCUUUUUUUUUUUUAUAAGAAUUGUUUUGUUUUUUUUUCCAGAAAACACACACACAAAAAAAAGUCAUUUCCUCAACCCAAUUGUCUCUCCUUUUAGUGAGUCAUGCCAAAACUGAGUGGUAAUUGCACUGUAUUACAAGCUCUCUCACUUGCCAGACAUGAGGUGGUUGGGUUUUGCUUGUUUCCUUUCUUUAUUAAGCCAUUUUGGGGUGAGAAGUCAUAGAAUAUCUUAACUUUCCGUUUUCCUCACUCUAUCAGUAUUGCCAAAUUAAUGGUUCUCCAGAACAGGUGGGGACUAGAGGAAUCCUGGUAGGUCAGCAAGCAUUUAGUGGCAAGUUUCAUAUGGACGUGUGCUGUGUGGGUCACUCAGACUUCACCAGGAGUUCCCUUGGAAUAUACCCUCUGCAGGGAGAAGCUCUUGCAGUCCAGAGCUAAUGCCACAAGCAGAUUUCACGGGAGUCCGCAGGGAGCUGAAAUCUGUUGGUCAUGUUUGCAUGCUGCAAACAGUUGGAUGUUCUCUUGAGAAGUCAUUUUGAUGCAGAUUUUUACCUGCGUUUAGAAAUUCAGGCACAGUUCUUGAACAGCUUUAAUACAACAUCCCGUAGCUGUUUCUGAAAGCAGUUUGAUGCUGAACUUCUGGUAAAACCAGCAGUAGUUCUGUCAAGAUCACCAGAGCUUUGCAGAGAAAUGAGGCAUGCUGUAUAGGACCACAGAACUAGCCUGGGACUGUAUUCUCACUGGUAAUUCAAGUGAUGUCCAUAGGUUGACUCCUGUCUUACCUUAAAAUGGGAGAAAAGAAUCCCAAAGGAGGUGCAUGAGCUUCCAAUGUUCAAGUGAAAUACUGUCUACCUUUGCAAAAGACAGAAGGAAACCCUGUGGGCUGCGUUCUUCACCAGAGUGAGGUAGAGGGGUGUGAACAUACUUGAACGUACUAAAUCCUAAGUUGUAUGCCAAAUGGCACCAUGGAUAGAAUGGCCAUUUUCUCAGUAGCCAAAUCAUCAAGACCCUAAUUCUUCUGGAAGUAUUUCUGUAUCUCAACAUGUAGAUAGGCGCAGUCUGCGAUUUUCUAGAACCUCAGGGUGCCUCGUCUCCUUUGCAGUCAGUGGAGCUACAGACACCCAACUGCUCUUGAAAAUCUAUACUGUUUUAUUAUUACCAUUUUUCCUUUGAUCUGGCCCAAGUAGUUUUUUAAAACGUCGCUUUCCUGCGCUCCAGGAUUAAAGUACAGAGAGAAUGCAUUUACAGUUCCAGAUGCAAUGCAAUUGACUUCACUUCAUGGAGAAUGCAGACGUUCCUUCGAGUGUGCCACUGCUGCUUGAGCAGCUCAUGGGCGUACUUCACAGGAAAUGUUUUGAAAACUUUUUCUUGACUUUGCCACCAAAAGAGCGUUUGAACCAUACAUCCUCUUGAUUGUAACAGAAUAUCAGUGUUGACUGUCUGACCAGUUAGUUAAGUUUUAGUAGUGUCCUUCACAGCCCUCCAGUAAUAUAUCAAACACUGUUAUGCACAUAAUGCAGCACUGUGAUCUAAUUUAAAUAAUACUUUUUUAUUAUUUAUACUACUCUAUGUAAUAUACAUCAACACUUUGCUAUAUAACCUAAGUGAUAACCCUCUUCUUAGUUAUCUGCCAAACUUUGAAUUUCUGUUUGGUUUAUAUUGCAUUUAGCACAGUUACCAAGUUGUAAUGAUGUCUCUUUUCCUUUGAAAUGGAAUGUGUAAGUCAAACUAUACGUUCGUGUGUUUCUGUUUUAAGCUGGAGUUUAUAAGGAUUUACACACAACAUUCGGUGUUCUGUAUAAAUCUGCAUACAUUUGUGAAUUCAUCUGCUAAUCCCCUUUUAUUUAGAAAGUAUUAAUUAAUGGUGGAUUAUUAGGGUUUUUUGUUUUGUUUUGUUUUGCAUUUUUACUUCUAGUACUGGUUAUUCUUGAAUUAAGCAGAGACUUGUCAGCUGGGUUGCUUUAUCAUGUACAUGACCUUACAAUUCUUCCACAGUUCAGCCAACAAGUACUAGCUUCACUGACCAAAAAAAGUCUCAACCUAAUGUGUCUAUGGUGCUGUAUUUUGCUGGUGUACAUUUAAAACCAGAAAUGAUCUAAAGGUCACUUUGAGUUGUUCUAAUAAGUAGCCUUUCCUGGUAUGGGGAGCUUGGGUUUUGUUUUUGUUUUAGCAUUGAAACAAGAAGUAUUUAUCUGAAGCUAUUUCAUGGUUUUUCUACUGUAUCACGUUUCCUUUUGCAAAAGGGGGAAACGGGCCUGACGGAACAGCCUCUCACAGGCAGUGGAAGGCGUUUCUGUUUCACUUUUUCACUUAAUUUCAUUGGCCGAUGGAUCAGGCCAGCAGUCCGAGAGUUCAUCAUCUGAGGGUUUAAGGGAUAACUGCAACUUGUGCCACAACUACGUGUUGCAUUCUGCGACGGCCAUCAUCUAGAAAUGGGAAUCUCUUUACUCUGGCCUAAAAUCCCAAGACAUUUUUUUUUUCUUUCAGAUUAACCAUUGAACUUCAGUACAUUUUUAAGUUAACAGAGCAUUGUACAUUUCUGAGUAUGUGUGUGGGAUGACAAUUGAAAGUAAUACCUGUACCUGAUAACCAGUUCCAUGCCUGCAUCAUUCACACUCACUACUUAAAACUGCCAUGAUGUAAAAUGUCGGGGGGAAUGAUUUGUGUGUGUAUGAAAAGCAUUAUGGACUUGUACAUUUUUUUUAUACUCUGAUCUGUAAUUUCUGAAAUAUUUUGUUUUACAGAAAAAAAAAAAAAAGUGAUAAAGCAAUCAAAAGACCAAGAGAUUUAAUAGCAGUGCUUAAGGGUCACAGGACCUUAACUGGCCAAUAUGUUAAUUUAGUACAGUGAUAAGCCAAUUUUUUUUUUCCUGUACUUGGCGUCUGAAACUGCCAAUUUCAUCAAUAUUAAAAUACAAACUGUGAUGGGGAAUGAACAGUGAUGUUAAGUUGUAUUUGUGUUUACCUAAAUGAGCAGUCCGAAGACAAGUGCAAUCAGCUGAUCUUUAGGGAAUAUGAAAAUGUUGAUUUAGAGGCAUACUUGCAUUUUACAUUUUCUUGAUGUGUAAUCAUAUUGCCAAAGACAAACUACUUCAUCAAUUAUUAUUGUAAAUAACACUUUCCCAAAACCUACCAUAAAGUUUCUGUGAUGUAUUGUCUUCCAGUUGCAAUAAAAAUUACUGAGUUGCAUCAAUUGAA